GCGGCACGUCCGAACGCGUAGAGUCUUAAAAUCGGUUUGAUUACAGGGUAUCAAUGAAACUUGUUUUUAAAGGCCGUUUCUUUCCCGCCCCUUUCUCGCCGCUAGUGAUGGUACAGGGAUGGAAACUAUGCUGCUGAUGAACAGAAUUCUGAGCGCGGUUCUUUUAUCACUGUUUAAAUUUGAAUUGAAACGGAGGUGGCGUGUUUCAACCAGGCCUUAAUCAAAUAAGGCUAAGUUCUUUCAAAAAUUUAACACUGGUAAAAUCUCCAUAUCGAAUUAUAUAUUUUUCUGUUGGUAGGCGAUAUGUGGGAGCAAUUGGAAAAGUACCGCAAUCAUUUUUUGCAGCACGAGAUCAAGGAUCUGCUGAAGCCCAGCUCCAUAAACAACAAACAGAAUGAAGAGUGGGCAAAGUUCAUGGAAAAGAGGGACUUGUGCCGGUGCCCCCCGCCUAGUUGCACCACCAGUUCCACCCACUUCGAGGAUCGGGCUCAGUUGGCCUACGGCUGGUUCGCUCUUCCGAAGCUAAUGAAGGAGAUGGACAGCGACGUGCGCCUCACUCACUGGAAGGCGAUUGUGUCCCUGACGGAGUUCCUGCUCAACCCUCUGAAUGGCCAGAGGGCCAUAACCGAGAUGAACAUUGUGCGGAAGCUCAAGAACGCCUUCAUGCGCAUGAGACUCAAGCACCACCAGGAGGAGUACAACGAAACCGAGAUGUAUCUCAAGAUAUAUAAUAUCCUUUCUCGCAACUAUAAUGGCGCUGUGGACAUCGCCAAUCGCAAGUGCCUCAGAGUUGAGUUUUACAAAAUUAUUCACCACCAGGAUGCCACGAAGGAUGUCCUGGCCUCGGAGAUAUUGAGAAAUUUGACGGGCAAACCUAAGGUUUUGGGUAUUGUCUUGGAGGAUCCCGAAAACUUUAUGGCCCUGGCUGCGAUUUUCAAGCAGGAUCCUUGUCGACCGCACUAUCCACGCCACUUGUGGCAUCAUCUCUGCCACCUGCUGGAGGUGGCGCCGGAGCAGGGCAUCGAGCUGGGCUUCUUUGAGCUCAUGCACUCGCGCAUCCUGAAUCGCCUGGCCCAUUUCUGGAGUAUGUCCACCAAGGCCUUUGCCCUGCUCCUCCGCUGCGCAGAGGGCCAAAAGCGCUUCGACGCCGUGGACGGGAUUAAGCUGCUCUUCGAUGUCUUUUGCCAGCCGGACGAGCCGUCGUGGAAGCUGCUGCCCAGCCAGAAGGUGGAGAACUGGGAGUACACAGUCCUGGCCCUGCUCAACGGCCUACACAGCAAGCGGGCCCUGUGGCGGAGUCGGGAGUUCACCCCGCUGCCUUGCUAUGUGGGCCGCCUGAUGAUGACGGAGAGCAAUCCCCGCCAGCAGCUGUACUGCCUGAAGGCGCUCCGCGAGCUGGGAGUGAUGCCCUGCAACAAGAGGUACAUCAUCGGCAACUGGCUCGACGACAUCACCAAGUUGUUCUGCCUGGAUGCGGAGGCAGAGUGCGCCAGGGACUCCCUCCUGGACUGGCUGCGAAAGGACAUAGCCGACUCUAGUUAACUGAAACCUCCUACUUCAAACCGUUCGUUGAAUCCAGUUCUAUUUCCCCGCCUCUUAACCGCUUAGAUAAAUCCCAACCGUUUAAAAACUACCCCUCGAAUCCUGUCCCAAAGAGAGGGCUCGGGACACGAAGGUCCUUCGGCGGGAGAAGUAGCUUUUCCGAGCUCCUGCCAGCUGUUUAUUUUGUGAAGCUAAGUAAAGGAAAUUGUAGUAAACAAA